AGUGGUUCUUGUGCCAAAUCUCGACAGUUAAGAGAAAUUCAUCCUCCGAGCAACGCCCCUUGCAGUCCUCCUGCGAUCACCAAAAAACCGCCCACCAUGUCGGAAUCUACACCGACAAAGGCCGUUGCGCCGACGGCCGCCAACAAGAACAAAAAGAAGGAAGACCAACGAGUGAUCGAAGCGCAAAAGACCUACGGCCGUGGCAAAGGCAUUCACACCAAUAAAGUGCGGGACAGGAAGCUGCGCAGCGAACUGAGGGCUGUCGAAGCCAAGUUCAAGGAGGCCGCUCUCAAAGCCAAGGAUGCGGAGAUCUUGCUGGAGCACGAAGCCGGUUUCAUCGAGACGGAGGGCGAGUUGGAACGGACGUACAAGGUUCGCCAGGCGGACAUCCGUGAUAAUGUGGGCAUCGAAACGGCCAAGAAGGGAUUUGAGCUUAAGUUGACUGAGCUGGGCCCCUACCGGUGCGAUUACACGAGGAACGGCCGUGAGCUGCUACUGGCGGGUCGCAAGGGUCAUGUUGCGACAAUGGACUGGCGGAAUGGCAAGCUGGGCUGCGAGUUGCAGUUGAACGAAACGGUGCGCGAUGCCCGGUGGCUGCACAACAACCAGUAUUUUGCGGUGGCGCAAAAAAGAUCCGUCUACAUCUACGACCACGCCGGUGUGGAGCUGCAUUGCCUCAACAAGCACCUCGAACCGCUCUUCCUCGAAUUCUUGCCCUACCACUUCCUUCUCGCUAGCGCGCAAAUGAGCGGUCAUCUCAAGUACACCGACACCUCGACCGGUCAGAUGGUGGCUGAGCUUCCCACUCGCAUGGGUGCGCCGACCUCCCUCGCUCAGAACCCCUGGAACGCCAUCCUGCACGUCGGCCACCAGAACGGAAGUGUGACACUGUGGUCUCCAAACUCGCAAACCGCAUUAGUGAAGGCACUUGUACACCGCGGUCCGGUGCGCUCAAUGGCCAUCGACCGCCAGGGCCGGUAUAUGGUAUCGACGGGUCAAGACCAGAAGAUGAACGUGUGGGAUAUCCGAAUGUUCCGGGAGGUGCACUCGUACUCGUGCUACCAGCCGGGCGCGUCCGUGGCGAUCAGUGACCGCAACCUGACCGCUGUUGGCUGGGGCACCCAGGUCAGCGUGUGGCGCGGUUUGUUUGACGCGGCGCAGGCCGACCAGGGCAAGGUGCAGAGCCCCUACAUGGCGUGGGGCGGCGACGGCCAGCGCAUCGAGAACAUGCGCUGGUGCCCCUUCGAGGAUGUUCUUGGAGUCAGCCACGACCAGGGCUUCGCCAGCAUCAUCGUCCCCGGCGCGGGCGAGCCCAACUUCGACGCCCUGGAGGCAAACCCGUACGAGAACGUCAAGCAGCGGCAGGAGGCGGAGGUGCGCGGCCUGCUCAACAAGCUGCAGCCGGAUAUGAUUUCGCUGGACCCCAACUUUGUCGGAAAACUGGACACGAUCCGCGACCAGAAGAACCGCGAGGAGCGCGACCUCGACCGCAAGCCCGAGGACCCGAUGGAGAAACUCAAGAACCGCGGCCGCGGCCGCAACAGCGCAUUGCGCAAGUACCUCCGGAAAAAGGGCCGCCGCAAUGUCAUCGACGAGAAGCGUGUCAAGGCGGAGCUGCUGCACAAGGAGCGCACUGCGCGGGCCAAGGACAAGUUGCGUGCCGAGCGGCAGGAGCUGGGGCCUGCUCUGGCUCGCUUCGCGAAGAAGGAUAUGUAAAGACACGUUGCUUUGUCUCCUUGGUUUGUAUUUUCAUUUUUCUCACUUGGGGCUUGUGGGUGUUCAUCCUGCGAUUUUGGAGCUCUCAGAUACCCUGGUGGUUGGAGCGCUGGCUUCCAUCGCUGUUGUAUUUUUCUUUUGACAUUUCAUGAACUGCAUAUUCCCGGCGUUGAGGGUUAGCGGAGUGAAGAGAGAAAAAAAAAAGUUAUAAAUCUUGUAUAUCCAAUUAAAAGAAAUGUGCAAAUG